GCCCGGGACUCACUGCUAUUUCUUCGAGGGAUAGAAUCACAACAUAGUCCCCUCACACACGUGAGAACAGACUGUCGCCGUCUCCAGCGGCUUUGAGUCUAGCAUUAUAAUCGCAAUCGCAUAGAGCACCGCACACCGCAUAAUUCAUACAUCCUUUCUGCUAAGGUGUGUGGACGGCGCCGUCAACUGUAUUAUUAAUCUCCCCAUAAUAACAACGAGUAAAGGUAAAAACGUGUGCGCGCGCAGAUAAUGCGCGCCCCUUCCUCUCGAUUCUGUCGCCCGCUGCUGGCCCCCUCCCCCUCCUCCCCUUCCCCUUCAUCCCUGUCACUGCCACCACCAUCGCGAAUGAAAGCGAAUUCCUUCGCCCGGGUGAACCCGGCCAACGUGGGCUACUACCGCCCUCUCUCGCGCAGUCAGCAGCGUGGCUAUCAACCCCUCGACACGUCGCACCCCGUCUUUGGUCUCAAGCAGGCGGAGGUGCCGUCCUUGCAAAAGCAGCGAAGGAAGCUUCUCUCCACCGACCACCCCGCCUUCGGUACGCGCAAGACGCUCUCCAGCUCUGACUGCUUCGAGGGCCCCGUCUACGUCUCCGGCUUCUUUCUCUCCAUCGAUCCCAACUUCACGGUGGGCGGUAAGGGGUGCAUGAACCCCAACGCGCAGAUCACCACGCGCGACGCGGCGGGCAACAUGGCCCGCGCACGCUACCGCUGCUACAUCGAGUACGGCGGCGGCGUGAAGCUGGAGGCACUCGUACGCACCCAGGUGGGCUGGAUCUCGCCUCGUGUGGUUUACUCGUACAUCCCGUACGUCGUUUUCCUCGGCAAGGGCUUUGACGUGAGCCUUCCCUUUCUCUUUCACUUCACGAUGGUGUCCGUCCUCGACGAGCACGGCGACAACACCGGCAGUUUUCUGUACUUCAGCGGGACGCCGUGGUUGGGUAUUUCCGUUGGAUUUAGUCACAUUCGAGGCGGGAAGAUGGUCUUAAACCCCACCAAGGUUGUGGAUCCCUACCGCGAGGUCUCUGACUUUAUUGGGCACGUGCACUACCGGCAGAUGGGGUUCGUGUUGGUGAAGUGUUUGGGCUAUCUUGUCUGCUUCCUGGCCUGUGUGCCGGCCACGCAGCGGAUGCUGCAGUACAUCCUACCCGAUCCCUUUCACCGUCAUAGUGAGAAGCCGAUUUAG